GUAAACAGUGAAUAGUUUGGUGUAUCCGAAACAGGUUGGAAUUAUACUAUACCGGAGCUGGAGCCGAAUUUUGCAAAGGAGGUUUCCAUGAGACACAAACGACGGGGAUAAGAUGGCAGCGCUGUGUUUUUCGAUUGUAAUAGUUUGUCUGUUAAUUACACAAGCUGAGUCCAUAUGUAACCCAACCCCUGACUUAGACGGAGCACCAGAAGGGUAUACUUUUUUGACGUAUCAACCCCUAAACACAUUGCUACUGAAUCCAGGACGGGGCUUCUCCGAAGAAUACUCUAUUGCCGACAGCAAUUUCAAUCCAGUUGAGCUGUAUCAGCUCGACUCUUUGCGUCUAACGACUGGAAGUACGCUGGUACAUCGUCAUUACUCCCUCCAGGACUUCGUAAAUACAGCAAUUUCUACGGAAUUCAUCCAGAAGCUAAAUGCUGACUUCAACAUUAUCAGGGAGGCUGGAUUCAUGGUCAUCCUGCGAUUUAGCUAUACAAAAGAUCUCUCCACAACGGGACCACCAUAUAAAGACGCCAGCUUGGAAAGAAUUAAAGGUCACAUCUUUCAGUUACGAGACCUCCUACAUGCCUAUCGUGGUAUCAUAUUAGUGGUCCAAGCCGGCUUUAUAGGAGUUUGGGGUGAAUGGUAUUACACUGAUCACUUCGGGCUACCACCUCUCAACCAAUCUAACCUGAUUGAUCGUCGUGAAGUUAUUGAAACCUUACUUUAUGUCGUUCCAGAAGAAAUUCAAAUUCAACUACGCACACCAGCCAUCAAACGCCAGUUGUACGGCUACGAUCCCACAAAGGCCACCGAUAUUCCGAACAAAAAAAAAAAAUCACGUUUAGGUCACCAUAACGACUGUUUUCUGGCCGAUAAGAACGACCGUGGCACGUACACUAAUUACAUCACGGAGUUCAAUUACAUGAGCACGGACACGGAGCGAGUAAUCAUGGGCGGCGAGACAUGCGCAAUUGACAAUAUAAGUAAUAGACAUGAAUGUCCAAACGCUAAGAAAGAGCUUGAAAAGCUUCACUUCACCUUCCUAGCCCAGUCAUACCUUAAGGAUGUCCUUGACAUUUGGAAGCAAGGAGCCUGCUACCACACGAUCGAACGAAAGCUAGGAUACGUACUGUCUCUCGUAGAGAGUGUUCUGCCUGAUAAAGUGAUCCGUGGAAGAGAGAUGUCUUAUUACAUAUUAUUAAGAAACCAGGGGUUUGCGGCGCCUGCUAAAGAGAUGAACGUAUACAUCGUGCUCAUGUCGGCGGCCAAUGGUAUAUACAAGGUCCCAGUGGAGACUAAUACCCGACAGUGGCUUCCAAAUGUAGAUAUAAUCCUCCGGGGUAGCGCGGAGGUCCCCCGUUCAGUCACCCUAGCCUCCUACCAGGUGUGGAUGGCUAUUGGAGACAGGUACCUGAAUGAAGAGUCCGACUACUACAUUCUCCUCUCUAACAAUAUGGUUCCUUCCCCAGACAUGGGCCUUAACAACUUAACUCAUUCAAUUACCGUGAUAGAUGGAGUACCAAAUAAUUUUGCAGACUGUCCACACUUUGUGCCUUGGAAUCCUCCACAGUUCGCUCGUCACCCUAGAAUCUUAGAAAGCAGCGCUUGUCUUAAAACGAGACUAGCGAAUAACGACUUCGAGAGCACUGGCAACUGGGUAGGGCUGUGGAAAGGUUUCCAUUACAUGCAAGAUAAGGCGCAGGCUUUCAGUGGAAGCGGAUACAUCCAGAUAAACAGUUCCACAGUAGGAGGCGGAGCCUACCAGGAAAUGGUGUUCUUUGAGAAACCGAAAGUCAAUCUUACCAAAAUGGCGAUCAAAGCCUGGGGAAAACACAGCGGGGAGGUGACUACAUCUUCUUCCAAUUACAGUCUGUACUGUGAUGUUAACCUACAAAAUCAAAAAAGUGCCUAUGGACUGAGUCGGCCUUUCCUUCCCGGACCACAAGGAACUAGAUGGAACAAUGUCAUUGUCUACAUAGAUCAACCAAAGGGUAUCAAGAAUGUUACCUGCUACUUGCUUUUCAGAGGAUUUAAUACCGGUUUUGCGUCCUUUGAUAAGAUGGAUGUCUGGCUUCUAUCUGGAAAUGCCAUAAUGGACGAUUGUAAUUUCACAUAAAUCCGCCUUCCAAAUAUCAUCAUAUCCAAGGAAACUGGAAACUUCUCUGGAUACAUCUUUGAAUUUUCAAUUUUACCUGUCAACAGCUAAUGAAUUGAUAACUUGAGUGGGAAGUCAUGAUCAAUUUUUGAUUGAAUAAAUGUCACACCUGAAGCUUGAAAAGAUUGAUAAUAUAAUGUCAAUUUGGUAAAAUAUUUAUUCCGUCUUAAGCAGGUGAUAUUUAAACACAUGACUAUGAGUUUGACACUUUGUGUUUGAAUUAAACAGGAACCAAUUGUAUAAUGUGUUCUAAAAGUUUUUGUUGUUUGUGUGCCUACUGCUGUUAAGGACUCAGUUAACCUUGCGGAGAUUUUCACCUAUUAAGCUGACGCGAUCUUUCAUUGUAAACGGUUGAACAUGUUAUAUUCUGGAAAGCAAUAAUUUCUUUUAAUAAUUAUAUCGCUAUAACUCAUUAAUCUUUUUGCAACACAUCGUAGUUUUUGUGUUCACAGUAAAUUCUUUUAUCAAAGUAUAACUGUAACGAUAAAGGUUUAAUACACAUGUACCUAGCUCUGUUCAAAACAUGUCAAUUGUAAUAGUUCGUUUGUAUAUAUAUUUAACCGUAAAUAAAAUCAGUUUCUCCUAACAAACUUAGUUCACAUAUCUAAACUCCUAACAUAACAAUUAUAUCACUGAACAAAAUUCCAUCGGUAAGAUAAAUGGAAGGAUUUUAAUGGGGGUGGGGUUCACCGGCUAUUAGCUGCUUGCACGUUCAUUGUCAUUUUCAACCAAUACUACGUAAACUUGUAAUAAAUAAAAUAAAUAUAUAAAGGUA